UUGCUCGUUCUGUGAUUUGACAUCCACUACCAAAAUAUUGGUUUGCUUGAUUUACAAAUGCAAUUCUUAUUAUCAGAAUUCUUAUUUUCGAAAUUACAUUACAAAUACAAAUAUUGUAACAGGGAAAACAAACAAUCUUAUGGGAAGCAUUGAAAGAAAGAGUACAUUUAUGGAAGCGAUUAAUUUAUUUUGAGGUUAUUUCCUUACGAUAAUCGCUAAGGUAUUUCAGAAUGGAAGAUGAAAACUCCUUAUCUUUCUGUAAAGACUGCCAGAUGAUGUGCAGUAAUUUGAGUAGUUUUAAGAAACACGUUAGGAAACGCCACCCCACAAAGUUUCAGCAACUUUUUCCACCUAAAAACGAUUCGUCUUCGAAAUAUAUGUGCGAUGACUGCGGCCAAACCUUCAAUACUAACCGUUCCCUUAACGGACACAAAAAAACAAGUCAUUCUGAACCCGAGAAAUCCACUACCACUCAAGGUAGAAACUCUUAUAAAAGGAAAACGAUCAAGGAUGAAAGUAUUGAAUGUAGCGAUUGUGAGAUUGAAUUCGACGAUUUGGUCACAUUCAAACAGCACAUGAGGGAUCACAGGGACAAUAGAAUCGUUAAAGUGAAGAAGGAAACGAAGGAGAACUCUGUGGAUCAGGCCAUUUCCAGUGGGAAUAAAAAAAGGAGACAGAGCUCAACGAAUCGAGCCGUUAAGUCGGAAAAAGUGUGUUGCACCCCCGAUAUCUCUCAAGAGACUGAAAAUACCGAAACUUCUGUUAGGAAAAGUAGUCGUGUGAGAAAACGAAUAUCCUAUGCCCAACUGGUGAUGUCAAGUUCGGAUUCUGAAAAUGAAACUUUGGCCGUUAAAAUCGAAACUAGGAAAAAGUCCACCAAAAUGCACGUAUGUAACGAGUGUCACAUGGAGUACGAAGAUCAAAGCGAUCUAACGAAACACAUAAGGAAACACCACCCCUCAAAAUUGGAUAAAAAAAGUAAACCUGGUAGAACAUGGAAGCAAGUCAAACUUGUUGAUAAAAAACAGUCUUGUUCCGAUUGCUCUACGACCUACAACAACCUGAGCUGUUUGAGGAAGCACGUCAGGAGGUAUCACCCCACAAAAUGGGCCGAGUUGGCGCCCACCCUUUAUAAUAGGAGAAAAAGAAAUUCUGAAAACUCUUAUAGUUGUACCGAGUGCCUAACUAUAUAUGGAAACGUUGUGGGUUUUAGAAAACACAUAAGGAAAUAUCACCCGUCUAAAUUCAAUGAAAUGGCCGCAAAGCUGUAUAAAAAAACUCCCAAGAAUGUCGAGAAAGUUCUUUCUUGUCCCGAGUGCGAGGUUAGAUACUGUGCCAUGCCUAGUUUGCGGAAGCACAUCAAGAAAGAACACCCAACAAAGAUUUCCGAGCUUAUCUCGAAAAUAAGCGAGAAGGAAUCUGAAAAUUCCAAAAGGGUGAUUGCGUGUACAGAGUGCGACAUGAAAUAUAGCAAUAUGAGCGCUUUAAGGAAGCAUACUCGGAAACACCACCCGAAUAAACUGUUAGAAUUGGCGCCGAAACUCUACACGUUCAAGAGAAAUCUAGCCAAAAAUAUCUUGUUAAAAGGGGAAAACUCCAAAGCUAGCGAAAACCUGUUGGACGGAGAAUUAGUGGAUAUGUAUAAAUAUAUGUGCAAUGUUUGUCAGAGCAGUUACAGCAACAUCAGUAACUUGAGGAAACAUUUGAGGAAGUUUCAUCCGGAAAUCUUGUCUGACGUUGCCCCCCUAUUGAAAGAUUACACGAAUUUCAAAUAUCUGUGCGAUCUGUGUCCCAAGAAGUUUAACUGCGUUAGGAACUUCAAAUACCACCAGCGAAAAUGCCAUCCCGAAUUCGCCCAACCCUGUAAACGUACGCAGAAACGUAUCAAACCCAACAAGUGCCCCUUGUGCGAUUUCGAAGACACCGAGAGGAAGAAACUGUUGGAACACUUCAAGGACAAGCACGACAUCGAGGUUUCCAUGAGUCCGGUAGAUGUUCACAACCUGGACGAGUUCUCCAAGUGGAAGGAAUCUUUCGAGGAGGCUACAAACGCGAGAUUCGUGAAGGAGUACCAUUUUUCUUGCAUGUCCCACGACGUGGUCAGUUAUAUAUGUCACCGUUCCGGUUAUUACAACCCUAAAGGGAAAGGUUUGAGGCAUAUGAAGGCUCAAGGUAGCAGCAAGAUCAACGGAUACUGCCCGGCUGCUAUAAAACUGAAAAAGAUCAAAGAUGGCACCGUCAAAGUGACGUUUUGCGGCACCCACAUCGGACAUACGACAGACGUCACUCAUUUACAUUUGACAGCUGCGGAAAGACAGAUAAUAGCGGAAAAAAUCGCGAUGAACAUUCCUUUCAAAGAUAUACUAGAUAGCAUGAAGGAUUCGGUCUCCGAGUCCGAUUUUAAACGGAUCCACAUGCUGUCCAAAAAGGACCUGUACAACAUAAAGAGCAGUUUCCACCUGAGCUCCCCCGUAGCCAAAACGCCCAAACCGCCGGCGGAAAACGUCGCUUUCGAGACCUGGAUCGAGGACACGAAGAAGAACGGCGACUGUAUCAUGUUCCACAAACCUCAGGGACGCACGAUCGAGGAACAUCCCACCCUGAAGCCCGAAGACUUCGUCCUGAUGAUCAUGAAUCAGACGCAGCGGGACAAGUUGAGGAAGUUCGGACACGAGUCGGUCUGCGUGGACAGAUCCUUCGACCUCAACAGUCACCAGUUCGAAUUGGUGUCUCUCCUGGUGUUGAACGAGAACGAGGAGGGGUACCCCUGCGCGUUCCUGAUAUCCAACAGGUCGGAUCUCGAGAUCAUGACGCUGUUCUUCCAUUUUAUCAAGGUUAACGCGGGGUGUGUGGAAGCUAAGGUGUUCAUGUCGGAUAUGGUCGAUUAUUUCUACACCGCUUGGGUAACCGUCAUGUCCAAUGUUCAGAUGAGAUUUCAUUGCACGUGGCUGGUAGAACACGCUUGGAGGAAAAAAAUCGUUCUAAUAAAAUCGAAAGAAAAGCAGGAGAUCGUGAUGGGCCAGCUCAAGGUCAUCUUGGAGGAGAAGGACAUAUCCAGUUUUAAGAUAAUGCUGGAAAGCAUGGUGAAUCAGUUGGGUUCGGAGAUGUACGCCUGGAACUUCUCCAAUUAUCUGAACGAUAACUAUCUGCAGAAGGACGAACUGUGGCCGAGCGCCGACUGCGUUUUUACCGACGUGAAAUUCAAUCAGCACUUCGAGAGGAUGCACAAGACGCUGAACCAUCUCUUCUUGAACGGCAAGAACGCGAAGCAUUUCGGCAAAGCCUUAGGGGACAUAAUGAGGUUCAUGAGGGAGAAACUGUUCGACAGGACGAUACUGAUAAACAGGGGUAAAAUCAACAACAAGAUGAAAAUAGCGAUAUUCAGGCACAAACUGAGCUUACAUUCCGAAACCAACAGUAUCGUAACCACCGAGGAGGGUUGGCAGAUACCCUCCACCGAAACCUCAGAGAUAUACACCAUAAAAGAGAUACCUGUGGCUUGCAGGUGCGAAUUCAUCUGUCCUGAGUGCAAAUGUUGCAUCCACAAGUAUCUGUGCAGCUGCCUGGAUUCCUACGUGAAAUGGAACAUGUGCAAACACAUCCACCUCCUGUGUCGCCAUCUGAACUCCUUGGAGACCACCAAAGUACAAAGCGUGAACGACGUUAAACCGCGUGAAAACUACGAGAAGGAACAGACGCAACAGAUACUGUACGUCAAGGGCGCCCAGGUCGAGUACGUCAAACACCAAACGCCUCAGGUCGAGUACAUCAAGCAACCCUUGCAGAUCGAGUACGUCGAACAGCCCCAACAGGUCGAGUACAUCAAACAGGCCGCCGGCGAGCAGUACGAGGUCAUCAAACAAGCCCAACAGGUCGAUUUCGACAAGCAAGCCACGCAGAUGGAUAACCUCCAAGUGCAUCACAUCCAAAUGCAAAAUCAAGUGGUCCAAGGGGGUUCGGUGGAAAACACGUACAUAUAUUGCAACGAGACGAACCAGCGCGAGAUGGACGCCAUCUUGGCCCAGGUGAACAUCUGCAACCUGGAGACGGUCCAGGUGACGCAGAUACCGACCAGUUGUACCAUACAGAUACCGACCUCUUGCACCGUGGUGCCUCAGGUGGCCCAGAUAGCCACCGAGCCCUUCGGCGAGGUGGUCGACACUAAGGAAUCCUUAAAGAUGAGAUUCCUGAAGCUGUUGGAAGAGGCUUCUUCGCCCUCCGAGUUGGAGGUGGUGCAGAAGAUGCUAGCUUCGAUUACUCCCACUUUGGAGGUUAUAAAAGGGACAACGAAUCAUCAGGUUCUGUUCCCGUUAUAGGAAAAUUGACGAUUUUUUUUUAGGAUACGGCUUAUUUUGCAUAUUUGAUGUGAUGGAAUCGGUUUAAAUGAGAUGAUUUUACGAGUGAUCGACUGGACGAAUUGAAUUUACAAGAUUCAGUUGAUUGUUUUUAGGAUAUAUUUAUAUUUGAUUAUUUUAAAUAAUUCUUAUAUCGAUUAUCUUUCUUUUCUGUUAUUUUUGAGUUUUUAUAAAACUUAUAGGCGUAAUUUUAAAUUUAAAACUUAUUUAUAUUCGGAUAGUUUAAUCUGAAUGAUUCGAAAACGAUUCUUGGUUUUCAUCGUCUCAAAUUUCUUCUACACAUAUUUCUGAUUCUUAUUUUGGAUCUUUGAUGAAUUUAUUUUGAUUUUAUUUCGCCAAUUCACUUUGUGAUAUCUAAAAAUCCAUCUUAUGUCCCGGUUUUACAUCAAGAAUGGAAUUUAUUGCAGUAUUUUCAUCCCUCGAUUGUUACUUUUCUUCGGAUCAUUUUAUUUUGAUUUUUUUGGGUGGUGAAACACGUUGAGUUGGAGAUGCGAGGUGUAAUAUUAAACAUCAAGAUGUAUAUCGAUAUUUUACUUGAGUAAAUAGCUUAUUUAUACACUUUUAUUUAAUCGAUUUUUCAAUUUGUAAGAUAAUUACAUUUUAUUGUUUA